AUGCUUCUUCAUUUUCUGUUUCAUUUCUCUGAAUUGGCGAAUUUGAGACUAACGUAUGCUUCUGAACUCUCCCAUGCUUCCUUUCAGGAAAAUAUGAAGGCUGGCAAAGUUUACUCCGAAUUUAAUUGCCAAUAUAUUAUUCCUUGCAGAAAACAACUCUCCAUGAAGUUCGAUUCUACUUCAGUGGCCUUUUUCCUUUUUUUCAUAGUUAUUCUUUUUCCUUUGGCUAUUGCUGAUCUAAGUUCAGAUAAGCAAGCCCUUCUGGAUUUUGCUAAUGCUCUUCCCCACCGGAGAAACCUUAUGUGGAAUCCAUCCACCUCAGUCUGUACAUCUUGGGUAGGCAUCACUUGCAAUGAAAAUCGAACUCGUGUUGUUAAUGUCCGGCUCCCUGGAGUUGGUCUAGUUGGCACCAUCCCAUCCAAUACACUAGGCAAGCUUGAUGCUGUGAAAAUUAUUAGCCUUCGUUCCAACCUACUCAGUGGAAAUCUCCCUUCUGACAUUGCUUCUCUUCCUUCUCUUCAGUAUCUCUACCUCCAGCAUAAUAACCUUUCUGGUGAUAUACCUGCCUCAUUGUCUCCCCAUUUUGUUGUACUUGAUUUGUCAUAUAAUUCUUUCUCUGGUGGCAUUCCGAGGACAUUUCAAAAUUUGUCAUACUUAACUAGUUUGAAUCUCCAGAACAACUCUCUAUCUGGACAGAUACCUAAUCUCAAUGUCACUCAGCUCAGGCUUUUGAAUUUAAGCUACAACCAUUUUAAUGGUUCUAUUCCUAAAGCUCUUCAGAUUUUUCCAAAUUCUUCCUUUGAAGGAAACUCACUUUUAUGCGGACCCCCUCUAAAGCCAUGCUCUGUGGUUCCUCCUACACCUUCUCCUGCUUCGACUCCAACUCCAUCAUCAACUCCAGGGAGACGAAACUCAAAAAUCAAGUUGAGUAAAAUAGCUAUCAUUGCAAUUGCUGUUGGAGGAGCUGUGGUGCUAUUCUUCAUAGCUCUUGUUAUUGUUAUUUGCUGUAUAAAGAAGGAAGAUGGCAGAGGCUCCAAUGUAACUAAAGGGAAGGGUUCUAGUGGUGGUAGGGGUGAGAAGCCAAAAGAAGAGUUUGGAAGUGGGGUUCAAGAACCUGAGAAGAACAAGUUGGUUUUCUUUGAGGGAAGUUCUUACAAUUUUGAUCUUGAAGAUUUGCUGAGAGCUUCAGCUGAAGUCCUGGGAAAGGGUAGUUAUGGUACUGCAUAUAAGGCCAUCCUGGAGGAGUCAAUGACUGUUGUGGUGAAAAGAUUGAAAGAAGUUGUGGUAGGGAAGAAGGACUUUGAACAGCAGAUGGACGGUAUGGGAAGGGUUGGACAACACACAAAUGUUGUCCCACUGCGUGCUUAUUAUUAUUCAAAAGAUGAAAAGCUUUUGGUGUAUGACUAUAUCCCGGGUGGCAACCUACACACACUCUUGCAUGGUGGAAGGACAGGUGGAAGAACUCCAUUAGAUUGGGACUCCCGAGUAAAAAUAUCCCUUGGAACUGCCAAAGGACUAGCCCACAUUCAUUCUGUUGGUGGUCCCAAAUUCACACAUGGAAAUAUUAAGUCCUCAAAUGUCCUCCUCAACCAAGAUAAUGAUGGCUGCAUUUCUGAUUUUGGCCUCGCCCCCCUUAUGAAUGUUCCUGCUACCCCUUCUAGAGCUGCUGGUUAUCGUGCUCCUGAGGUGAUUGAAACUCGUAAACACUCCCAUAAAUCGGAUGUGUAUAGCUUCGGUGUCCUCCUUCUUGAGAUGCUUACUGGGAAGGCUCCUCUCCAAUCUCCUGGACGUGAUGAUAUGGUUGAUCUCCCUAGGUGGGUUCAGUCUGUUGUUAGGGAAGAAUGGACUGCCGAAGUUUUUGAUGUUGAGCUUAUGAGGUACCAAAACAUUGAAGAAGAAAUGGUGCAAAUGUUGCAAAUUGCCAUGGCCUGUGUGGCAAAGAUGCCAGAUAUGAGACCUAGUAUGGAUGAAGUAGUGAGAAUGAUUGAAGAGAUCCGGCAAUCUGACUCAGAGAACCGACCAUCUUCUGAAGAAAAUAAAUCCAAGGACUCAAAUGUUCAGACUCCAUAG